UAACGCCGCUUCACGUAACCCGGAUGUAGAAUCUCCCAGAACGAGGUCUCUUCACACAUGUGUUUGUCCAAGUUACAGAAAACAGAUUAAGAUCAUCAUGACCUCGUUGGCCCACCAGCUCAAGAGGCUCGCGCUGCCUCAGAGCGACGCCAACCUGCUGACGCGCAGAGAGGUCGCCUCGCUCCUCUUUGACCCCAAAGAUGCUGCUUCCAUGGACAAGAGCACCUUCUACGCCCUCGGCUGCACCGGGCUGGAGGAGCUGCUGGGAAUCGAACCCGCCUUCCUGGAGUUCCAGGACACCCUGUUCAGCCGGGCCUCGCUGACCCUGGAGCGCAGCGUCCAGUCCAAACAGGUCAACGAGAAGCUGGAUGCCGGCAUCUCACUCUUCCUCGCCCGCCUCUGCCCAUACUUCCUCCUCAAGCCGGCGCACAAGUGCAUCGAGUGGCUGGUCCACCGCUUCCACAUCCAUCUGUAUAACAGCGACAGCCUGUUGGCCUGCUCGCUGCCGUAUCACGACACCAACGUCUUCGUCAGAGUCCUGCAGCUGCUGAAGAUCAAAGACGCCACCAACCGCUGGAGCUGGCUGCAAGGCCUGCAGAAAGCCGGCGUUCCGCUGUCCAGAGGAACUCUGAUCACUCACUGCUACACAGACCUGAGCUUCAUGGACUUCAUCUGCUCUCUGGUCACCAACGCCAUCCAGGCGUAUUCGGGUCUCUCUGGCAGUUGCUCCCAGCUCAGAGUGAUCUUCUCCUUCUACGCCUCCACCAUCGUCUCCGCUCUGGACGCCGCGGACAAAGUGUCUGACGUCAUCAUUUCCAAACUGCUGCCGUUUGUUCAGAAGGGCCUGAAGUCGUCUCUGAUGGACUACAAAGCCGCCACCUUUAUGAUCGUGUGCCAGCUGGCGGUGAAGGUGGUGAUGGAGGCGAGUCUGGUCGACACGCUGGCCGCUCAUGUCAGCAAGUCUCUGCUCAGAGAGCCCGUGUUGGCCCGUGAGGGUCUGGGCUGCCUGGUGGUGCUGCUGCAGAACCAGAAGGAGGGCUCCGCCGGGCCCAGGGCGUUCGUCCGUCUGAGCUCCAUGCCGGCGCUGGCGUCCACGCUGCAGCUUAUGGCGGCGGCUCAUGAUGUCAGUCCUCUGCUGCGCUACCUGCUGCCUCCCCUGAUCCACGCCGCGUUCACCUGCAGCUCAGGUGAGACGCAGACGGACGAGCUCGCCGCGUUGGAGUCCAUCCUGAAGUCCGUCCCUCUGACCAACGGCCUGGACCGGACUGUGGCCCGGUUGCUGCUGGACGAGUAUCUGAGUCAGACUGAACUCUCUGCUGAGAGCAUGUCGGCACUCGACCGCAGUCUCCUCCCUCUGGUUCGACUGUUCGAGUCCCGGAAUAUUUUAAUAUACUGUCUUAACAUCAUCUCUGUGUUUGUCCUCCGUCAGAUACUGCGCCGCUCUGGACGGCGUCCUCGCGGUCACGUGACCGACCUCAGCAGCAGCGAGCAGAAACGUCUCUACCACCAAUUCCUGUCUUUGUCCAUGAGCAGUGGGAAAUACCAGAUAAUAAGCGACUCGGAGACGUCGCUGCUCCUCAGUCUCAAACACCCGCAGCCUUCAGUCAGAGUGUCGGCGGUGGAGCACCUGAUGGGCAUCAUCACAUCUGCACAGCAGCAGAGUUUGGACCAAGUCUUCCUGAAAGACGCUGUCAUGGACCGACUGAAGGACGAUGUGCCGGAGGUCGUAGCCGCCGCUCUAAAAGUCCUGGAGGUGCUGGUUGACGUGUUGGACCCCGAGGACACCGUGUCCUGUUUACUGUCACUGCUGCACAAAGGGGAUCUGUCGGUAGCUGAGCGCUGGCUGCCGGUGCUGACGGAGGCGGUGCGUUUACUGUCCGACCUGGGAAAAGGGGACGGUGAGCUGCUGCAGAAUGCAGGCUGGAGGCUGCUACCCUUCCUGGUGAUCACCUCCUCCACCAAGCUCCGCUUGGCCUCCUGCGUCGCCCGGUCUUCCAUCAUCUCCCGACACCCGCUCACCCUGAACUGGGCUCAAGAGCUGGACGAGCUGCUGAAGAGAAGCAGCGAACCCGACUUCAUAGGUUUGGCCAACGAGCGUCUCGUCUCCACAUUGACCAAGAACCUGAAAAACAUGGAGCACUUCUCUAGACGGGACGCUCUGGAGAAGCUGUCUCUGUCGGUGGAGCAGCAGCGAGGCUCCACCCUCAGAGCCCGGGCCUCCUUCCCGGUUCUGACCCAGACUCUGCUGCUCGGCCUCGGGGAGCUGAGCGAGACGCAGCACCUGAUCACCGCCCAGAGGGUCUACACGCUGCUGGAGGGCCCGCUGCUGGAGGUCAUCAGGGACGCCGCUGCCACACAGGAAGCUAGUCGCUGUGUCGCUGCUCCCCCCUCCUCCUUCUCUGAAGCCCUCACUCUGUACCUGAGCAGCUGUGGGCAGCAUCCAGGUGAGCCGCUGGACACAGAGUUCAGCUUCGUCCUCAUCUCUCUGCUCAGGGACUUCAUCUCCUCCCUCAAGUGUCACGACACGUCCUUCAAAGGUGACGUGUGGUGGAACCCGGAGAAGCUGGACACAAACACCUGUUGUUAUCUCGGGCUCAUCUGCCGUCUCUUCAGCGUUGUCAUCAGCGGCGCCGGCGAGGGACCGGCAGCCGGCAGCUUCAGAGACUUGAUGAAGCUGCUCAUCGAGGUUCACCUGCGCGAGCCGGCGAUGCUCUUCCGCUUCCUGUGCGUGCUGUGGGGAUACAGCAGUAACCAUGGAGACCAGCUGGACGUUAAGGUGGGUGCCGUACUGCAGACCCAGGCUCUGUACGUGGGCGGAGCUCUGCUGAGCGCCCAGCCGGCCGCCAUGCUGAAGCAGCUGGUCGCUGCCGACUCGCCUGUGGUCCCGUCGUUGCUCUGCUGUCUCACCUCUCCGGUUCGGGAGGUCCGGAGGGCGGCCCUCGGCGCUCUGAGCAGCCUAUCAGGAGCCGACAGCUCUCCCUUCCAGCCAAUCACAGAGAAGCUUCUGAAGACCUCAGAGGAGAUCAUCGCCGACCCGUCAUACCUGAGCCAGGCUCUGGGCGUGCUUCAUGAGGAGAGUCAGUCUCUUAAAGUAAAGACGCAGCAGAAGAAGCUGCAGUCGUCCAUCCAGCUGCUGCUGCAGAGCAUUCAGACUCCCAGCUGCCCGUCCUACAGCGCCUGCAGCCUGCUGCGAGCACUGAGCCACGUCAACGGACAGUCCGUUCUCUCCAAGCUGCUUCCUGUUCUGGACCGACUCCUAGAACAGAGCAGCCCCGACACCCCAACCCUGCUGCGGGACGAGGCCCAGCUGGUGCACCUCGUCCUGGGGAAGUUCAACGAGGCGUGCCCCCUGCUGGUCCAGGACCAGAACUGUUUGGAUCUGUUUGUCAGAGCUCUGAGGACCUCGACCCAGCCUCACCCCGACAUCCCCAGCUGCCAGAUCAUCGCCCUGGAGCAGAUCACGAAGCCAUUCUUCUCGGCGCUGGGAGACGAGGCGGUGCAGCAGAAGCUGCUGUCGGUGAUGUUCGACCUGCUGGUGGAGAGCCGGAGUCCUCUGGUGGCCAACACCAUCAGCAGCGUCUUCAAAGGGGUGGCCGUGGACGGUCAGCUGGUGGCCAAUGAGCUCGCUCCGCCAGAGAAACCCAGAGUGAGCGUGACGGUGCAGCAGACCCGCCGGAGCAGAAUGACUCAGAGGAAGCCUGACGGCGGUGAUGUCGGUCCAGAAGUGGGCGCUGUGUCGUGGCAGAGGGUCACGCUGAUCCUGGAGCUGCUACAGCACAAGAAAAAGCUGAAGAGAGCUCAGACGUUGGUGCCGGUUCUGUUCUCUCUGCUCGCCAGGAGUCUGGAGACAUGUCCAGGUGAUCAGAUCAACAUGGAGUACACCAAACAGCUGCUGCUCAGCUGUCUGCUCAACGUCUGCCACAAACUGUGUCCUGAAGGGGUCGCUGUGGGUCCCGACGUUCUGGAAGAAGAUAAGUUCAGCGUGGAGCUGGUGGUUCAGUGCAUCAGAGCGUCCGACAUGCCGCAGACUCACCACCACGCUCUGCUGCUGCUCGGCACCGCCGCCGCCAUCUUCCCCGAGAAAGUCCUUCACAACAUCAUGCCCAUCUUCACCUUCAUGGGAGCAAACAUCAUGCGUCUGGACGACGCCUACAGCUUCAGAGUCAUCGACCAGACGGUGCAGAUGGUGAUACCUGCUCUGAUCCAGGCCCGCGGUCUCUCUGACGGCAGCUCACCGUCUCACGUGGACGCGGUGGUCACUCGGAUCCUUCACGUGUUUGCCGACGCUCUUCCUCACGUGCCCGAUCACCGGCGGCUGCCCAUCCUCAGUCAGUUGGUGACCACGCUGGGCCCCGCCCGCUUCCUCUGGGUCCUAAUGCUCCUCCUGUUCAAGCUGCACGCCAAGCAGGCCGCCAGUUCCACCAGCGAGAAGGACGCCGCUCUGGAGAAAGACGUGGACUUCUGGAUUUCUCUCUGCUGUCAGUUUGAGGUCACCGAGCAGCUGACCUCCAUCAUCAACAUCCUCAGCUUCCUCCUGCAGCUGCCCGACGACAAGGACGACGCUCCAGUGAAGCGCCGGCCAGGACCCAAGAAGAAGAAUGAGGAUGAGGAGGAGAAGGUGGAGGAGCUGAUCUUCAGUCUGGAGGCUCACAGCAGCAAAGAGCUCAGACACUUCAAGUUCCUCUCCGUCUCCUUCAUGGCUCAGCUGCUCGGUUCGUCCGGCUUCAUCGGGAAGGUAGCAGAUAGAGGCGACGCUGUGGAUGAGUCUCUGCAGCAGCUGCAGCAGAGGCUGCUGGAGGAGAUCCUGCGUUACAUCCACGCUGUCGCUCGCUGUGUGGAGGACAACGCCGACAAACCCACCGCCAAGUUCUGGAGGGUUCUGCUCAAUAAAGCCUACGAAGUUCUGGAUAAGGUGAACUCCUUGUUGCCCACGGAUACCUUCAUCACGGUGAUGAGGGGGCUGAUGGGAAAUAAGCUGGCGUCGGUCAGGAGGAAAGCGAUGGAGCUGCUGAACAACAAACUUCAGCAUCGCACACAGUGGGAGGAGCAACAGGUCACUGUGCUCUUACAGCUGAUUGGCGACCUCCUGAGCAUUGUGGGUAAAAGUAGCUGUAAGGUGAUGGAGGUGGAGCAGGAGGCGGAACAGGCCAUCAACCGGCAGACGGCGCUCUACAGCCUCAAGCUGCUCUGUCGCAGUUUUGGCUCCACCCACCAGGAGGCGUUCAUCCCCGUCCUGCUGCAGACCGUGGACAUCGUCACGGCAACGGAGGAGGAGAAGAACGUGACGGGCAGCGCUCUGCUCUGCAUCGCUGAGGUGGUCAGCACGUUGAAAGCGCUCGCCAUCCCUCAGUUACCACGGUUGAUGCCGGCGCUGCUGAACGCGCUGACAGACAGGAAGGAGCUGCUGACCAAUGAGAUCUACCUGCUGAGCGCUGUCACCGCCCUCCAGCGCGUCACGGAGACGCUGCCUCACUUCAUCAGCCCAUACCUGGAGGACACCACCUCACAGGUGUGUCGUCUGACUCGGCUGGUGGAGUCUACCUCGUCCUCGUCCUCGGCCUCCACUCAGCUGUCCACGCGUCUGGCCUCCCUGAGGAACACCCUCGCCACCCGGCUGCCCCCCAGGGUCCUACUGCCCACCGUGUCCAGGUGCUACGGCAGCAUGGUGGUCGACAGGAAGCUUCAGCUUGGGGCGCUGAUGAGCAUCCUGAAGGAACACAUCGGUCACAUGGAGAAAGACCAGCUCAACUUCCACCAAUCAGAGCUCACCUCCUUCUUCCUCGCCGCCCUGGACUUCAGAGCCGAACACUGUCAGGGCGAUCUGCAGAAGACGGCGGAGAUCGAGGGCCGUGUGAUCGACUGUCUGAUCGCCAUGGUGAUGAAGCUGUCCGAGGUCACCUUCAGGCCGCUGUUCUUCAAGCUGUUCGACUGGAGUAAAUCAGGCAGUAAAGAACGUCUGCUGACUUUCUACCGGCUGUCGGACUUAAUUGCUGAGAGACUCAAAGGACUCUUCGUCCUGUUCGCUGGAAAUCUGGUGAAACCGUUCGCCGAUCUGCUGCGACAGACCAACAGCUCCAAGACAGGUGACCUCCUCUUUGACUCUGAGGAGAAGUCCAGUCUUCUGCUUCGCUCCGUUCUCGACUGUCUCUUUAAGAUCUUCAUGUUCGACACUCAGAGGUUCCUCAGCAGAGAACGAGCCGACGCCCUGAUGGGACCGCUGCUGGACCAGCUGGAGAACAUGGCUGGAGGAGACCAGGUGUACCAGCAGAUGGUGACCCAGCACUUGGUUCCCUGUGUGGGUCAGUUCUCUGUGGCGCUGGCUGACGAGUCCCAGUGGAAAAGCCUCAACUACCAGGUUCUCCUGAAGACCAGACACCUGGACUCCAAGGUGCGUUUCUCCUCUCUGUUGAUGCUGAUGGAGUUGGCGUCUAAACUGAAGGAGAACUACAUGGUUCUUCUUCCAGAGACCAUCCCCUUCCUGGCUGAGCUGAUGGAGGAUGACUGUGAGGAGGUGGAGCACCAGGUCCAGAAGGUUGUUCAGGAGAUGGAGAACAUUCUGGGAGAACCUCUUCAGAGCUACUUCUAC